GCGGCGCAUGCAAGGGACGCUCAUCGGAGCCUAUGACGCCAGAGGGGAAACCGAGUGCGUGAACUUCUGUGAACCUCAACCAUACAUACUUAACCAACCUUGAUCUUUGUCUCUGCCUAAUUUUGCCCUCAGCCGUUGUAACGGUUUCUACUUUUUAGCUCCCGCCUUAUGACUCACUCGAGGGUAUUUUAGAAACAUUGACAUCGUUUCUACGCACCCUUAUUAAGUAUUGAAGUGGCCGCAUUUCGCGACCCUUUCAUUAAAUUUGCCACUGUACGCGAUUAUCUAGCUGGCGCCAAGACAUCCGGCUCAUUUAUCUUUGCUUCUGUGCUGGGCUCAAACAACAAGAGGUCACCCCAAGGCUUCAUCAACACAAGUUUAUUUACGAUGCCUCCGCGACGUCGGCAAGACCUCCCAGUUGAGAGCAGUUGGCGCCUGGUCGAGGGUGGCGAAAAUGACAGCUUCGACACCUCUAUACUCCCUGAUCUCGAGGAGGAUGAGGGUUUCCUCUCCACAGACCCAUCGCAGAUUCCUUCGCAGUCAUUCAGCAUCAGCGGCUCACAAGAGUCCCAUCAUAGCGUUCAGGACUUCAUGAACAAGGCAGACGAUGAACGCGUCAUUCUCCGUUCGCCCUUCCAACCUACCGUUCGGCGGGAUCCCAACCGUUCUCCGGACCCGGAGUUUGUCAUGCCGUCGAUGCGCUUCAGCGCUACCCCUGGUAGUAGUACCAGCCCCCGGCAGAACAGUGGCCGGUCGUCGCGGACCAUUCGCCCGGGUGACGAUCCAUACCAGCAGCAAGAUGUGCGGCGCCGUGCCAUGCGCCAAGCAAGCACCGGGAGUCCCGUGAAGGUGCGACGCGGCGAUACCAGCAGGGGUAGAGGCUACUACGACAAUACGGCUGAGAAGCAAAGAACUGUCACAGAACGCCUGUCAGAAUCUUUACCAGGCGCAAUAUUCAACAUCCUGGCCUGGGUCUUUAAUGUCAUUGGUAUGGCUCUUAGCUACAUCCAAAAGCCAUUGGCGCUUUGCUUGGCUAUUUGGCUCUUCUUUGGGGCCUCCAUCAUGCUUCAAAACUUGGUUACCAAGUCAAUAACAACAUCUCUCUCGCCGCUUUGUCGUAUCCCAGGAGCGGCAUAUCUGGACCUUCCGUUCUGCCCUUCGUUCGCAUCGUCUACCAGCGGUGGCCAAGACUCUAGGUCUUCAAACGUCGAGUUUGACGAUCUCAUGAACGUUCAGUCUCAAUUUGAACAGGUUCUCGAACGCAGCGCCGACGGUGUUUCAUUACCCAUGGAAAUGAAGCGCUCCGAGUCAUCGAUUCGUGACUUGCGUACUAUGGUUCGCUACUCGGAAUUGCCGCAGCGGGAUGAGCUUGUCUAUGAAUUCAACGAGUAUAUCGAGACUGUGCGUUUGACAGCUGCUGAUUUGCAAAAGUUCAACGUUCAUGUUGGAUCCGCUGUUGAUUCCGUUAUCUCCAUCAACCGCUGGACAUCUCGCUACCUGGACACACUCUCUGCCUCAGAGACCACCGACGUCGGUGUCAUCUCUGAGUGGACCAGCUGGUUUUUCUACCCAUUCACGCCUACCGUAACGCCAUUCUCAGAACGGACCCUUCUCGACAAGUAUAUCGAGCAUACUGCUAUGGUUUCCGACCGCAUCUCUUCGCUUAUCGUUGAGGCACAAGGGUUGCUACUUCUCCUUACAAAAGCCGAGGAGAAUCUCAACCAAAUUUACGAGCUUGUCACGCGUUCGUCGAAUUUUGUCAAGUCUCGUCGCGACGAGGUUCUUUGGACGCUGUGGACCCUUGUCGGGGCGAAUAACAAACGACUGCAUAACCUCAACGCCCAACUCUCCUUACUUCGACAGGUGGACCGUCAGCGCAGCACGGCAGUCGCUCAGGUAUCAGCGCUCAUAGUCGACCUCGAAAAGAUUCAGGCUGGCCUGGGCGAUCUUCGCGACCGCAUCGCCGCGCCAGAGCUUACCCGUGACUCAGUCGCCGCAGUCCCGCUGACCGUGCAUAUCGAGACGAUCGACCGCGGUGUGGAACGGCUUGAGGAUGCACGGCAGCGGAUCCGCGCUAACGAAAACGAUCGCAUUCGCGAGGCGUUGGCGAGGGGCGGCAACAAGGAGGACGAUAAGCUCAUUGACGGCCGAUCAUGAGGAGAACUCUCCAGAGGGUCCCUGGCUGAAAGAUGGAAUGCCAAGACUGAGAGCGGAUGAAACUUUCCAGAGCUUAUUUGUAGUACAUAAACCUCGUCAUUGAGAUGGGCAGGCGUUUGGCUUGGCGAAACAAAUUGGAUCAAAGUUGGUAUAUAUUAUAGAGAUUCGGACGAAACGAAAGUUACAGGAGCGACAGGACACAACGUUUGUGUGUAAAUCCACAUCGAUUUAUUGUUGUUGUUAUUAUGAUUUCUUUUCUGUUUUUUUUUUUCUUCGCUGGAGCACAUAAUUAAACGCGUGGAGAGGUACUUCAAAGGAGAAUGGAAAUGCAGC